UUCCCCUGAAAAAAAUCAUUAUAAAAGUUUCAAAUCAAACAAAAUUUUAAAUUCGAAUCUCUCAACCACUCUUUAUCGAUGGUAUGGGAUGUUUGUGUUGUAAAUGUUGUUGUCCUAGCCAACAACCAAAACAAACCGAAGGUGAACAAUAUCAUGGUGGUGAUAAUAAUGAUUAUGGUGGUGAUUAUAAUGAUUAUAUUAUCGAUGAAAAUGGUGAAUUGGUUUAUAUUGGUGAAGGUUUUGAUGAUCAACAACAACAACAACAACAACAAGAACAGGAACAACAAGAACAAGAAGAAGAAGAAAAACAACAUCAAGAAGAAAAACAUCAAAAAGAAGAAAAACAACAAGAAUCAUCGAAAAUUGUUGUUGAUAUAUCAAGAAUACCAACAAUAGAUGUAACACCUGUAUUAUCAUGUAAACCGGAUGGAUCAGAUGUUGAAAAAAUAAUUAAACAUAUUGGUUAUCGUUUAGAAAAAGAAAUCGGUAAAGGUGGUUAUGGUACUGUUUAUUUAGCUAAAGAUUUAAAAAAACAUCGUAAAGUUGCUUGUAAAGUAAUGAAAAUUAGUAAUAAUCGUCGUGAUCAAUUAUUAAUUAAAAAAGAAUUAUUUUUUUUACGUACAAUUAGACAUAAAAAUAUAAUACGUGUUUAUAAACAUUUUAUAUUACAAUCAUCAAAAGAAUCACAUGUUUAUAUAUUUAUGCAAUAUGCUGAAAAAAAUGAUCUAUGGCAUUUAGUACGUAAAAAAUUAGAUACAGGUAUGAAAGAAAAACAUGCAAGAAAAAUGUUUAAACAAAUAUCAUCAGCUAUUUAUUAUUUACAUCAAAGAAAUGUUGCACAUCGUGAUAUAAAACUUGAAAAUAUACUUUUAGAUAAUCAUUAUAAUUGUUUAAUAACUGAUUUUGGUCUUAGUAUUAUUGUUAUGCAAAAAGAUAAUCGUGCAGUGAAUGCACCAAAUUAUUGUGGUACAUUACCAUAUAUGGCACCAGAAAUACAUUUAUUUAUAAUAACAAGAAUUAUAUUUGAUGUUUUUCAAGCCGAUGUUUGGGCAUUAGGUGUUGUAUUAUAUUGUAUGACAAAUCAAGGUAGAUUUCCAUUUUCAAUUGAACAAGAUAUUAUGAUACAACAACAGCUUUGUGGUCAAUAUGAAUUUACUAAUUCAAUGUCAUUUAAACCGGAUGAACGUUUUCAAAAUUUAAUUGCACAAAUGUUUCAACCAAAUCCAGUAAUACGUAUACGUAUGGUUGAUGUUGUUUAUCAUCCAUGGUUAUUAGAUUUACCGAUUGAACAAAAUUCUUUAUAUGAUCAACAACAACAACAACAACAACAACAAAAACAACAGCCACAAAAAGAAUUAGAAGCGGCUGCAGAAAAAAUAGCAAAACAAAAUCUUAAAACAACGAUGAUGAAUAAAGGAAAAUUAUUACAAAAACAAAUGCCAACAAAUGCAAUGAUUAUGAUGACAAAGAAAAAACGUAAAAUUAGAAAAAAAUUAAAAGUUAAAAUAAAAAUGAAAAAAUUUCAACGUACACCAAUAAUGAAAAUGUUACAUCAACCAAAAUCACCACAUAUUCAUCAACAACAAUCACCAUCAUCACCACAACAUGUAAUACCAAUAUUGGUAAAAGGAAAAACAAUGUAUGCUACUAAAAAUCAACAACAACAAUAUUUACAAUUUAUGCAACAACAACAAAAACAAUCACCAAAUCAAUCUUCAAUUUCAACUUCAACAAUAUCAAGUGAUACUAGUAAUACAAGUAAUACUAGUAAUACUAGUGAUAGUGAUUAGAGAGAGAGAGAGAGAGAGAGAGAGAAAAGAGAAAGAAUCGAACCAAAAAAAAAA